GACGGCCGUUGUACUAGUCAAGAGAAGCUCUUAGGGGAGGUUGUCUGGAUGUUGCGUGAGGAGAAUAGAGGUCCUCGAUUCCACCAGAGCAUCCGUCUUGAUGUGCCCAGACUGUUGGACCCCUUCAUUCGGGACAACCUUAAGACCAGUCUUCAGAAGUAAUUACGUCUUCAGAAGCGUCGAUCCUGGGACGACAUCUCUCUAGACUAUGUGAAGAGGAAAAUAUCACCACGGGCCUCAGUCAAUCUGAGGGAAUCUCCCGAUCAAUUAUAUGAAUCCGUCUUCAGAUGAACAGGUUCUGUAACCUAUCUUCUGAGGGACGAAAAGAGUUACUUAUAAACGAAAACCACUUAUAAAUAUAUAAGUACUCAGUUCCGGUACCAUGGCUUUCAGGAUGGAUUCCGGGAAGGUCUAACAGUCCAGCAUUCCAGUUUUUCUCGGUGGCCACCUUCAUCGGAAGAAAUGCACUCAUUAGCGAAAAAACGUCGACUUGGAUUCAAGAGCACCUUUUUUCGUGGUGUCUUGACAUCUUAAGGCGUAAAUACUGUACCCUAGUAAGAAUCCAACUACUCGAAAACUAGAAAUAUCCACAUUAAUGGAUCACUGCAGUAGGAGGCGGAGGCAGCUUUGAAAGAGGUUCGUUGCUCUUAUUUCACUCAAGAGUACUAUCUACUUCUCCACUGUUAUUCUAGAAGUUCUUUACUUCCUUAUUUCAGUCUUUCCAGUACUUCUGAAGCCUCUUAGAACUCGAGCAGCAGUCCCAUAAGAAUUAUGGGGAAAACAUCUGCUUCUGUAAGAAAAACAUUUCAUGGAUGACAUGAGAUCUAAAUGUCAUUGAGAUGGCAGCGAGUAGUCUUGUCUCCGUUGAUUUCCAGCUGCAGAGGGGCGUAGAACAAGCAUUCGAGACACCAACAUCAGCGCAUCGACUUUAUUUAAGGCUUGCCGUAAUUGCCGUAAUCAUCUUUAGAAGCAUGAUCUUGAAUGAGGAAAGAAAAUCCUCAAAACGUGACCUCUUGUUGUCAGGCACAUCUAUCUGCAGCAUAGGAUCUAAUCUGUAAUUCUGUUCUUCCGAAGCUCGCGGCUUUCGGCCGACUGCGCGAACUGAGCUUGCUAGGUGUCAAAAGUGUCAACCGGGACUGCAUUGAGAGGCACUUACCUGCUUGGAAAAAUACCCUAGAAGUUUUACAGUUGGAUUUGUG